CGUCGAUCAAAACAGUCAAAUCACUGGUCUGGUAGCUUCUGGAAACACAUCUUUUGCUACUUAAACCAGACGAUCCGUGCCUCUUCACCAUUUGACUCUGCAGAUACAGAGGAAGACCUACUGCAAUUAGAAGCCGAUAUCAUAAUUUGUAAGGUGCAUUCAUUCAUUUAAUUCCGAGCCCGCAGAAUUAAAUACUUCAAACUUGAAAUAUGGCACUCACCGUGAAAGCUUACCUGAAGUCAGAUGCUGACACUGAGAUAAGGCGUUUCUCCAUCGAUGAGGGUGUGACAACCAGCUUUGAGUACUUGUCGAAGAAGAUAGUUCAGGUGUUUCCAAAAUUGGAAAAUUCAGACAAUAUCAAAGUAUCUUAUAAAGAUUCUGAGGGGGAUCUGGUUACCUUCUCUAGUGAUGAGGAGUUAAUUGAAGGUCUUGGACAAUUGCAAGACGAUAUCUUUCGUGUCUACAUUCAAGAACUCAAGAAAGGACACUCAAGACCAUGUGGUGGCAGCGAGGACGAGCCCGCACACCACUAUGGGGUUAUUUGUGAUGGAUGCGAAGGCCAAGUGCACGGCCCACGCUUCAAGUGUCUGACCUGCCCUGAUUAUGACCUCUGCAAGAGAUGCAAGAAGUCUGGAGUUCACCCUGAGCACGAGUUCCAGAAAAUCCCAAGACCACAUGGCAGACCACCUUUCUCUGGGCCUGGACAAUGGCAGCCCGGAAUGCCAAGAUUCCCAUUUGGCGGCCCCUUUGGCUGCUACCCUGGAAUGAGACGCUUCCACAGGCAGAUGCAACGUCAGCAACAGCAGCAGCAGCAGCAGCAGCCGGCUGGCGAGGAUGCUAAGCCGAAAGAGAAUGCCGAAGAGAUGAAUCAAGAAGCGAAGGACGCCACUGAAUUCUUGAAGAUAAUGGGAGAAUCUGUUGCUCAGAUGUUGGAUCCAUUUGGUAUUGAUGUUGACAUCGAUGUGGAACAUGGUGGCGUGCGACAGAAUUGCCCGGGCCGUCGAUGUGGUCCAGGGGGUAAUGGCAGAAGAGGCAAGGGCCAAGGCAAGCAAUGUGGUAAGGGUAAAAAGUGCAACAAAGAUGAAGAAACUUCGGAAGCCAGUAACAGCCAAGAGAAACCAAUGGACGCAGACACCAAGGAAACACCGGAAGGAAUGGAAACGGACAGCAGCAAGCCGCAAGGUUCUGAUAGUGAAUGGACUAUGGUGCAAGAUAACCCGAAAGGAGCUGAUGGUGACUAUGGGCAGUCUCAACAAGACCCAAGACAUGCUCAGGCACUGACUCAGAUGAAGGCAAUGGGGUUUGAUGAUGAAGGCGGCUGGUUGUCUCAACUGCUGAAGGCCAAGAAUUAUGACAUCGGACGUGUCUUGGAUGCUAUCAAGCUGGGCCAGCCACGCAUUGGCGGAGGCAACUACUAACCCGGCAGCAUUUUGUCCCACUUGUAAAGAGAUUGACUCUUGCAAAGGGCGUAUAAAGGGAAACAUCUUUGGCCGGACCGGAUGUUGUCACCCUUUCAACUUUGUUUUAGUAGAGAUAUUUAGUAUGUUGAGAUAGAUAUUGGCACUUUUAUCAAUAAUAACCAACUGUAUGCUAGAUUGGAUGUUAUAACUUUUGUGAAUUAUUCACAUUAUUAAGAUGAUUACUAUAAUACUGCAUUAUCAAAUUAAUGUUACUGAUUGGCCCCUAUGAUUAGUAUUAACUGAUUUUAUCAAAAAUAUAACAAAUAAUAAACAGAAGCAAUUACUACAAAUAAUAUAUCUUUAUAAUUAUUGAAACAAUUUUCCCAUUGCAAAAACUAUGGUUUUGAAACUAUAACUUACUUUUCUUUUAAAAUACAUAAAUAAACAAUAAUUAUGAAUUGUAAAUUGCAAUUGAAUUAUGUGAUGAAAUCAUUCACAAUAUAAACUAAAUUUGUCUUUAAAAAGUGUGAUUUUAUUUUUUAACUUAAACUAGAAUAUAAAUUAUUUGUUUAGAGAUGUAUUCUAUAAGGGAAUGAACAUAUCUACCCAAAUUUAAUUAGAUUUGCCAACUAUUUCACAUGUUUCAAUUGUCAUUCUAAUUUUUAAAUUUAUUUUAACAACUUAUGUUUAUAUUAUCAACCAAAAUUGGAAUAUAAAUCAUUUGUUCAUAAAUAUCUUCUAAAUUCAAUGAGUUUUAAUCUAUCGAAUGCAAUUACUGUACAUUUAUCAGAAACUGUUUCAUUAUUAUAUGGUGGUCCUUUUUGGUAUAAGUAUAAUCGCUAACAGUUUUAGUAUUGAAAGAAGAUAUGUUUGUCGAGCAGAAAGCACUGAAGAAUGUUGACACCAUUUGAGUUGUGUAGAGGACAAUAAUUCUUAAUCCGUUAUAGAUAAAAAAUAUCUACCAUGGUUUUAAAACUAUUAGUAAUAAUGCAUCUUUAUAAUUACAAAAGCAUCAGGUAACUUUGUGCUACACUAUCAUUAUGUAAAAUGAUUCAAUGAUUUCAUGUUUUUUGUAUACAGUGCCAAACUAAUCUAUCAAGAUUAUAUUUUUAAUCACAAUUACUAUUUUACUAUAUUUAAAGACAGAGCUUUUUAAAGAGAAUGUAUAACGGAGAAGAGCAAUAAAGAAUGUUCAUAUCAUAAUGUUA